CCCUUCAGAUUCAUCAUCCAGCGGCUGAUGAUGCUAAAUUCGGCACAGCUAUGAUAGAAAAAUCUGUAUUUUAUAGCUUUCCUGUUGAACUUGCGAGAACCUGCGUCAAACAAACCUUCGUCUGAACUGGCUUGAUCGCUGGCAAAGAAAUCAAACUUUUGAAUAACUGAGGAAGCAACAGUUACUAUCAAAAUGAUCUGGGGCCUGCGUUUGCUUUGUCUGGCUGUGGGUUUAGGAGCAGUCCAUGCAGGUCCAAUCAGGAAGACCGGCAAGAUUGAAGACAAAGUUGCACCACAAGAAGAAGUCAAUGUGCUCAUGUUUGGUGUCAUACAAAUCUGCGAAUCCCUUAACGAUGUUUACGAAACCACUGAGGCAAAGAUCGCAAAAGUCAGCCAGACUUUGAAGAGAUACGAGGGGGAUCUCCAGAACCUGGUGAAGCAGACUGAGCAAGCUGCAGAAGUGGAGAAACAGAUAAAAGCAGUGGUACAGCUGCUGCAGACCCAGAUGGCUUCACAAGAGGCUCACACCAAGAUGACUAAAGACUAUCUGACCAGGGUAGAGAAGGAAGGAGCAGAGCUGAAGACAAAAGUGAAGAGGCUAGAGACGUACCUCAACAAUUCUGUACCCACCAAUGUUAAGGAGCUGAAGGAGAGAGCACAGGAGCACUCCAACAUCUUGAAAGGUUUACAGCAUUUGACCCAGUUCCAAAAAGAGAACAUUGACACUCAGGAUGAGAAGCUCUCCAAACUGCAGAAGAUGAGUGAAGCAAUGGGAUAGUUGUUUAAAGAUUCACCACUGCUCUGAUUGAGAGACAUCCGACCAGAUUUCAGUUCCCUCAUGUCACUGCACUCCCUUCCGACCCCGUUAUGUUUGCUACAGAUCCACUGUAUGGUUUUACUAGCGUUGUUGGAAAUGUGUCCUUGUUGUUAUGACUCUAAUCUAUUUUUGUUUUUAUCUUAACUUCAAUGUGCUUUGUAAGCUAUGUUUUUUUUUAAAUAUUCAAACUUGGCUGUUAAAUUAUUAAA